UUCUAUAAAAAUAAAAAUAAGCUGUGAACUGUGUAGGAAAUUUUCCGCAUAUUUGUAGUGUUUCACGCGAAAAUAAUUAGACGGAAGGAAGGAUAUAAUUAUUUAUGAUAAAUUAUUAAAUAUGGUAGGCUUCAGUGUGUAUAAUCUAUCGGCCCAGAAACUUUCAAAAACUGUACCUGAAGAUGUCUAAUAAAGUCAAGAGAAAAAUAACAGUGAAUCUCACGCAAAAGUCCAAAUCUCUGACGAAAAGUCGUCCGAGUGUGUUUGAACGUCUCGGCAUUAAAGCGAGCUCCACCACACACAAAGCGGAAUAUUGCCAUCACUGGGCACAAAGCGGUUCAUGUCCCUACGGCAAAGGUUGUAAGUAUUCCUCUACUCAUACUCUUAUCAGCCCAUCGAAGCAGAGAGCUGCUAAGAUCCAACCGGAACCGAAAAAGCGUCAUGCAAAAGACGCCCAUAAAAGGUUGCACGGUUCAGAACAAGGAUGGGAUCGGUGGGAUCCAGAUGAACUAGAAGAUGCGGAUCCUGAUGAUCUUGAAAGAAAACGACAAGAAUUGCAAAGAGAAUUAGAAAUACAAAUGAAAAUGGAACACAAAGCUCGAAGGAAAGAAAAAAAGGUUAGAAAGGAAAGCAGUCCUUCCAGCGACUCUUCUUCAACAUCAACCGACUCGAGUUCAACCAGCGACGAGAGCAGCUCAUCCAGUUCAACAUCGAUCGACACAAAACGCAAGAAACUGAAAAAAUCCAAAACCAAACGAAACAGUUCAUCCAGCUCGGAGGACCGCAACAGAAAACAGCACAAAAAAACCGUCAAGCAUCAGUCCUCAAAAUCAGCCACGACAAGGGAUAAACCUAAAAAAAUUAAGUCGCACCCUGUUAAGCCGCCAGUGAAGUCUCCGUCACCUGUGCGUGUUAAAAAGAAGUCUGAAACGCCACCUAUUAAACCGAAGGCGGUACUAACGAAGAAGGAUAUUUUGGACACGAAGUCGCCCAGGCCGUUGAGUAGGUCCAGCGACAGGAAGGAGAAGCACAGGACUCCGAGUCCGAAGAGUAGUAGAGAAAAGGAGAGGGAAAAGGAGCGUGAGAGAGAGAAGGAACGCGAACGGGAGAAGGAAAGAGAAAAGGAAAAAGAACGUGAAAGAGAACGAGAACGUGAAAAAGAGCGAGAAAAAGAACGCGAGAGGGAACGGGAAAGAGAACGCGCCAAACAAAGAGAAAAAGAACGAGAAAGGGACAAAAAGAAAGACUCGAGAUCGCCGAGAAGAGACAACAAAUCCUCGAAAGAUAAUAAAAAGAGAGAAUCUCCCGAUUCUAAUCACUCCAGAGAUAGAAAAAUAUCUCCUACUAGUAGAUCAAAAACUUCUGGAAGUAGCUCUAGGAGAGAUCAAAGAAGUCCGGACAGAAGAGACAAACGAGAUGACAGACCACGUUCAAGAGCUAAAGACAGAUCCACCACCGACAAGAGAAAAGAUAAGCGAGAAUCGAGAGACCGAGAUCGGGACAGGGAUCGCGAUAGAGACAGAAGGAGGGACGAUAGAGACGCUGCAAGAGAGAAAGAGCGCGAAGAGGCUCUGGCCAGAUGCCAAGAGAGGCAGAGAGAAAGAGAGAGGCUGAAGGAGUUGGAAAAGAAAGACAAUGAUAGAAGAGGAAGAGACAGAGGCAGGAGAGAAGAUAGAGGAUUGGAUAAACCGACAGGUGAUCGCGUAGAACGUCUCCUCCCGCUACCAGAAGACAGAAUACCACCAGGUAGACGUCAUUCCGCAGAGAGGGACAGGAGAGACACCCGAGGUCAUUCGGUAGAUACGCGCAAGUCCGGAAGAAACAGUCCUGACAGACAUGACAGAAUCGAUCGGGAUAUACACGAUCGCAGCUUCGACAGAGAGAGAGGUUAUGACAGAGAACAUGAUGACAGGAGUAGAGACUAUGGCGGAUUGGGGGCCAGAAUGCGCGAUGACAGGAGGCUUGAAGACAAGGAUUAUGAGAGCCCUUACGAUCGUAACAGACAUGACGACAGAAGAUACUUGGAGAUGGAGGACCAUUAUAAUGAAGGUUCGAGAGAUGAAAGGUUGCCUGUGGAUGGGAGAGACUACCUUGAUGAUAGGAGAGGCGGAAGAAGAGAUAUGUGGGACAUGAGAGAUGACAGAGUUGAUAUGGAAAGGGGUAGAGGCUAUGGUAGAACCGACGCAAGAGGGGGAGGUUCGGGAGUAAUAAAAGGCAGAGGCGAUUGGGUCGAUCCAGAAUAUACAGAACACGAAUGGGAUAAUAGAGGAAGGAGACCACUGGAAUGGGAGAAUAGAGAUGGUUGGGAAAAUAUGGACCGACCGCAUCCAACUGACGAAGAAUGGAGACAUUACAAUCGUGGAAUGGACAAUUGGCCUCCGGAUGACAGGAGAAGAUGGCCGAACCGCGAAUGGCGGGAAAGGGACAAUUCUAGACCAAGAAGCGCGGCCUCCCAUAACGUUGAUUCAAAUACUAACGAAGACUCCAACACCGAAAGUCGUCGAAAAGAAGUUACCCAACCGAGACCAGAAACGGUAACUUCCGAACAUGUACCAGAACAAAAACCAGCUCCAGUUGUUCCAGUAGCAGCAGCAGAUCCAGAAAAAGACUCUCCCGUACCAGCCGCUGUUAAAAGACCCGCAGAAGAAACUGCGGAGGGUGCAACCGAAGCCAAACGGCCGUGUCUUGAAGCGGCUGCGCCUGUUUUGGACGAUGACGCUUUGAGUGAGAUUAGCGAUGACGCUGAUGACAUAUUAAACAGAGACGAGGAAAUCGUGGAUGAAGUUGCCGAACAACCACAACCCGACCAGACCGAUGGCGACGCAGCCACCACCACAGACUCAACACAACUACCUAACACGCCUCAAAAAUCACAAUCUCCAUCCAGAUCUCCGGCAAAGAGCGUCCCCAAAGAGGAAUCCAUAGACGGCGAAAACAUGGACCUCGAUUUCGAGGAAAUUUCCGAAGACGAACUGGACGAAGAAUCCAGAAUCAAAGGCAUUGGUGACGCUUUAGGCGUGGACUGGGCUAGUUUAGUAGCGGAAUCGAGACCCAGACUUAAACCCACGAGUUCUGCCAAACUCCGAUGGGAACCCCACAAUAUCUUGGUCAGUCUUGGCGUUUCUGUUGAACUAGCCGGAGAAGAUUUAGUCAAGAACAUCCUCAGAGAGCAUGCUGAAGCUGAAAUGAAUGAACAAGCUGAAGAGACUUCAAAAGUCAACAAUGUUAAAAUCAAAGUAGAACCAACUGAAGUUACAGCUAACGGUAUCAAAGAAGAAAUAAAGGAAGAGCCAGAAAUUCAAAUAAAAGAUGAACCUAAAGAAGACUACUUUGAAUCUAAGAUUGAUCCAGAAGAUUUAAACAUUUCUCAUCCGAUUGCUGCUAUUCAGGUGGCCAAUCAGGAGAAGCAACAGGCUAGAAGGACGUUGUUUUCGAGUGUGGGGCCCCAUCGCAGGGCUCUAUCAGCCAGACGGGAUCUGGCACUCAGAAGACACUUGUGCAACUUGCCUAUUAACGAUGCUUACGUCGAAGCACCUAAAAGACACGAUCCCGAGUUGUUUAAAAUAGCAACUCAGUUGUUUGAAAGGUGCCUAUAAAAGUUUUGUUGGUUUGAGUUAAUUUUAUAACGAGAGACAAUUGUAGUUUAUAAAUUUAGUUUUAUUUAAUUAUGGUAGUUACAAUUAUUUUCAUUAAUAUAUUUGGAAAUGAUUAUAAAAACUUGAGGACAAUAA